UGUGAGAGAGAGGAGUGAGGAGAAGCGGGCAGCUUACGAAACAGAAGCUUAGGGUUUUAGCAGGCAGCCGUCGAAGCCUUCCGGGGUUUUAGAAAGAGAAUAGAAAGAAUCACUCAUUUCAUUUGUGAUACAGAUUCUCUUUCACACCUCACACCUCACUCUCACUCUGCACCAACAAUAAUGGCUCAGGCGCCUCCCACCGACACCAAGCUCGAUGAGAAGGUCGACUACUUCAACCUCCCAUGUCCUAUUCCCUUCGAAGAGCUCCACCGUGAAGCUUCAUCCUGCUUUCUCUUUUCAGUUUCUUUGAAGCCAGAGCUUUUCGAGGGUAUGCGUUUUGAUUUCACCAAGAUGCUCAACCAGAAAUUCUCCCUCAAUCACAGCGUUUCGAUGGGGCCUACUGAGAUCCCUUCUCAGUCAACGGAGACUAUUAAGAUCCCUACCGCUAACUAUGAGUUUGGUGCAACCUUCAUUGAUCAUCCCAAGUUGAUGCUGUUGGGGAGAAUAUUGACUGAUGGAAGGCUCAAUGCAAGAGUCAAGUACGAGGUCUCUGAAAAUCUCACUCUUAAAGCCAAUGCUCAGCUUACGAAUGAGCCACACAUGUCUCAAGGGAUGGUCAACUUUGAUUACAAGGGAAAAGACUAUAGGUCACAGUUUCAACUUGGGAAUGGUGCCUUACUCGGAGCAAGUUAUAUUCAGAGCGUGACUCGUAACUUAUCAUUGGGCGCGGAGGUAUUUUGGGCUGGACAGCAUCGUAAGUCUGGUGUUGGUUAUGCUGCUCGCUAUAACACUGACAAAUGGGUUGCUACGGCACAAGUUGCUAGCACUGGAAUGGUUCUUGCAAGCUAUGUUCAGAAAGUAUCUGAGAAGGUUUCUUUAGCGACUGAGUUACUGUGCAACUACUUGUCACGAGAUGUCACGGCUAGCUUUGGAUAUGAUUACAUACUAAGACAGUGCCGCCUAAGGGGAAAGAUUGAUUCCAAUGGUUGUUGCGCUGCGUUUUUGGAGGAGCGAUUAAACAUGGGCCUGAAUUUUAUACUUUCUGCAGAGCUUGACCACAAGAAAAAAGAUUACAAAUUCGGGUUUGGUUUGACCGUUGGAGAGUAGAUUAGCAUGAGUAGACUUAUGUUUCCAUUGCAUCUAGUUUAGCAAGCUCUCUUGCUUCCUUUUCCUUUAUUUCUAGAAAAGAACAAAAUCAAAGGAGGAAAGAUCAUUUGUGCCGGGAAAAGUACAUUAUUAUAAUUCACGAGUUACUGCAGAGAUUUUAGUAGUCGCCAAUUUAUUUGGAACUUGUGCCUAAAAAGAGGAUCUUUGAUUUAUUUGGACUCUUGCCCUGUUUUCCCUUGAGGGGGAUGUAGAGUGAUAUCUGAUUAAUGCAUAUUAUGAGAUUCAUUUCCAAUAA